UCUCAUGAACGCUGUCAAUAACCGGACGGCGCCGAAAAUGAACGAGGCACGAAUCGGGAGCACUCAUCGGAAAACAUGGCGGGCAAAACGCUUCGGCAGCGAACCCGGCGAGGCAGCAGACAAGAUGCGAGCAACGCGAACGUCCCCGCCGAACCGCGGCCACCGAAGGAGGAGAAAGGCGGUGAUGACGGUAAAACCACGGAGACCCGGCAAGAGUCAGUAAGUCGUGGGGGGCAGGUAUGGGCUCCAGAAGGUUCAACAGCAUUUAAAUGCCUGCUCUCUGCACGUUUUUGUGCGGCUUUGCUCAGCAACAUCUCCGACUGUGACGAGACAUUCAACUACUGGGAGCCUAUGCACUACCUGCUCUACGGCACCGGGAUGCAAACAUGGGAAUAUUCUCCAUUGUACGCCAUCAGGUCGUACGCUUACUUAUGGUUACAUGCUCUUCCUGCUUGUUUGCAUGCCCACGUUCUACAGACAAACAAGGUGUUGGUGUUCUACUUUGUGCGUUGUGUUUUAGCAUUCUCGUGCUGUGUCUGCGAACUCUACUUCUACAAGGCUGUUUGUAAGAAGUUUGGUUUGCAUGUGGGCCGUCUAAUGUUGGCAUUCCUUGUCCUGAGCACCGGAAUGUUCUGCUCGUCUGCAGCAUUCCUGCCCUCCUCGUUCUGCAUGUACACAACGCUGGUUGCCAUGACGGGGUGGUUUCAGGACUCAACGCCGUUGGCCAUCAUGGGUGUGGCCGCUGGCGCCGUUGUUGGAUGGCCGUUCUCUGUUCUUGUCGGGAUUCCCAUUGCUUUUGACCUGCUGGUGUUAAAAAGGGAGUGGAAAGGUUUCAUCACCUGGUCAGCUGUGGCUCUACUUGUGCUGCUGGUACCCCUUGUGGCAGUAGACUCUUUCUUUUAUGGAAAACUGGUCAUCGCUCCACUUAAUAUUUUACUUUAUAAUGUCUUUACACCACAUGGACCUGACCUGUAUGGUACAGAGCCGUGGCAUUUCUACUUUGCAAACGGGGUCCUGAACUUCAACCUGGUGUUUGCUCUGGCACUUUUGUCUCUGCCACUCACCGCUCUCAUGGAGACCCUGUUACACAGGUUCAAUGUGCAGAACCUGGGCCGCCCAUACUGGCUGACCCUGUCUCCCAUGUAUCUGUGGAUGUUGGUUUUCUUCACGAGACCUCAUAAAGAGGAGCGUUUCCUCUUUCCCAUCUACCCUCUCAUAUGCCUCAGUGCGGCUGUAGCCCUCUCUUCGCUACAGAAAUGUUACCACUUCCUGUUCCAGCGGUACCGACUGGAGCACUACACGGUCUCCUCCAACUGGUUGGCUCUGAGCGCAGUCGUGGUCUUCUCAGGACUGUCACUUUCUCGCUCUGUCGCCCUCUUCAAAGGAUACCACGCCCCUCUGGACCUGUACCCAGAGUUCCAUCGCAUCGCCAAGGAUCCGACUCUUCACUCGGUCCCUGAAGGCAGACCUGUUAGUGUGUGUGUGGGCAAAGAGUGGCACCGCUUCCCGAGCAGCUUCCUGCUACCGCACAACUGGCAGCUGCACUUCAUUCAGUCUGAGUUUAAAGGGCAGCUGCCACAGCCAUAUGCAUCUGGUCCUCUGGCCACACAGAUCAUUCCGUCUAAUAUGAACGACCAGAACUUAGAGGAACCGACCAGAUAUAUGGAUUUACGGCAGUGCCACUACGUAGUGGAUCUGGAUACAGAAGAAGAGACGCCACUUGAGCCACGUUAUUCAGCCAACAAAGAGGAGUGGAACAUUAUCGCCUUUAAGCCUUUCCUUCAAGCCUCGAGGUCAUCUCCUCUCUUCAGAGCGCUCUACAUCCCGUUCAUAUCAGAACAACAUACCACCUACAGGCGCUACGUCAUAUUAAAACCACGGAAGCAAAAGCAGCCUCGUAAGCGGACUCAUGGCUGACCAUUGAACCUCAACCCGCCCUCAAGUACAAAACAACAACGGAAUCGUAUUUGUAUGUAAUCGUAUAGACUUGAAUGUGUUUGCAAGUGUGCGUCUCAUUUAAAGAAAUCUGACCCUUUUUUUAAGGACAUUCUGCCUGCCUUUGGGUUCAUGGAAGAAAAAAAAUGAGACCGAGGUUAUGUUCUGUGUGUUUGUGUGCUUGGCAAGUAUCAGGACAGAUUUGUGUGUGUGUGAGAGUGAGUGUGAGAGAGAGAGAGAAUGAUUUACAGGGGAUGGACACACAACAAGGUACUUAGACAGGCCGUUACACACAAAUGAUGAAAAGUGUUUUUGAGUCCUUUUGAAAAUGUCUCCUGGAAGUAUUUUUCUGAAUGAUGACUUUAAGAAAUCUCGUUGCGUUUGCUCGACUGCACCUGAACAGUAUCUUAUUGUGUGCUCCGUGUCAGUGGAGACAAAUGUGUGCGUUAUUAAUUUUACUUGGAAUGUUGAUAAUUAAAAACAUGCUUGACUAGUAAUGAAACCUUCCUUUUUAUUUCACUGGAACAGCAAAAUCUCUUCACCACAAGCAGAAAGAUUCAAUUCUAAUCUCAUUUUAAUUGAAGCUGUAACAAACAUACAAACCGCUCUCACUUACAGGAGAGACGUCAAGGCAUUACACAUUCUGAAUAAGUAAUAAUAACAAUGCUAUAAUUUAUCAUUCUCUUUGAUGUCAUGCCAUUGUUGUGGACAGGCUGCAGGCACUCCAAGUCACUGAACGAGACACCUGCCCACUGGACCGCAGAAAGAACGUCAUAAUGACAGUGGAAUUGAA